AAAUACUCCAUUUAUUAUUAAGAUGGAUAUGGAUAGUUAUUAAAGUUAUCUGUAGAUACUCAAGAAUAGAUGUUCUUAAAGAAUAUUUAAAGUUCAGAUUCAAAUAAAAAGAUUUUUGUCAUAGAAUUUAAGAGCAAACCAGUAAUUGGUUUAUAUAGUAGUGGGCUAAUUUUUUAUUCAGCAGAUGACUUAGAGUAAAUAGAUAUUUUUGGAGAUAGGUUAAAUAUAUGUACUAAUCAUUAUACCUAUUUUUAGAAUUUUAUUUUCUCGCAUUAAGAUUAAUAUGAGCUUCAAUAUGAUUCGUAGAAAAAUAAAAUAUAAGUAAUAAAUUAAAAUAAUUAAAGAUAUCCUAUUGUUUAACUUUACUGGUCUAGCGUUGGGUUUACAUAAUAUCUUUUCAACAAUAAUAAUGGUCAAAAUUAUAUUACCAAUAUACUACUAUUAUAUUGCUAAAUACCAGGAUGUAAAAAUGGCGAUUAUGUUACAAGCUCCUGUUCAUAAUGCAACCCAAAUUAUUAUUAAUAAAAUAAAUACUGUGUACCAUAAUGUAAUGAACAUUACUACGAAUCUGUUAAUUAGUGCUUACCUUGUGAUUAAACAUGCCUAAAUUGUUAUGGACCUUUACCUGUUAACUGCUUAACAUGCCCAGCAAAAAAAUAUUUAUUUUUAGAUAAUACAUGUGUUGAAUGUAAUAAAAUAGGAUAGAUUAUUAAUAGAAGCACAUGUAGUUGUGCUCAAAAUUAUAAAUUUUUGAAUGGAUAGUGCGAAUAAUCUAAUUAAGACUAAAAUUUAAAUAAAACAAAUUAUUCAGAUCAUAAAUCUAAUGUUUUUUCUUAGCAAGCUGUGCAAUAGGUAAAAUAGUUAACCUAGACAGCAUCUUCAGUUUCAAUAGCUAGUACAAUAGCUUUAAGCUUUAUUUAAAAUAUGUUCUCUUCUUCUAGCUCUGGUAUAUUCAUUAACGGUUUUGCUUGCUUUAAACUUAGCUACCUAACGUUAGUCAAUAACACUCUUCCAUAACAAAUAAAUUCAGCUUUAGAGGUUUUUACUGACUAGUGUCCCAACUAAACUUUUAGAUAUAUAAAUUUUUUAUAUUCUAUUAUUACUGCUUCAAGUUAAGAUUAAUACUAAAAUAACUCAUACUAUAAAUUUGGUAUUUCAUAUAAUAUUCUAGAAACGUCUGGAUAAGCAUUGGUUUUGUUCUUAAUUUGCUGUU